AUGAACUCUCUCCUCGCCUUCGCUGUGCUCUUUGCUUGGGGCUUGUCCCCAGCUUGCGGGAGCCUCUGGGAGCUGGCCAAGAUGAUCACGAAGGUGACGGGGAAAAACGCCUUGCUGCAUUACUCCUUCUACGGCUGCUACUGCGGCUUGGGGGGCAAAGGGAAGCCCAAGGACGCCACAGACAGAUGCUGCCAGCUGCAUGAUACCUGCUACAACAACCUCCUGAGCUACCGCUGCAAUGCCAAGAUGCAGGUCUACCACUACGACUGGCACAGCAGCAGCCCCUCCUGCAGUAAGUCCUGGUGCGCCCAGCUCUCCUGCGAGUGCGACCACAGCCUGGCGCUUUGCCUGAAGCGAAGCAUCGGGAGCUACAGCAAACGCUACCGCUUCUACCCCAAGUGCUGGUGCCGGUGA